AUGAUUAACCGAUCAGCAUCCCAUCCAAACAACCACCAACCAAUAAGCCGAUCACUUUCACAAGCAUUACAGCCUUCCAUCUCAUCUCAUCUCAUCCCCAAAAGUAAUAUGCCAACUAAAUCUUCAAUAUUCUUCCUCCCGAAAGACAUCCGCCUCCAGAUAUGGGCCCUAGCAUACCACAAUGAAGAACCCCGCACAGUCGCACUAUCAACAGACCCUCACCGUCUCCCCUCCCCAAGCCCAGCCCCAACAAUGUACAAUCUAUGCCAUGAAUCCCGUGAAGAAACGCGAUUCCAAGCCAGCCUCUCCAACAGCCUAAUCUCGCUACAACAACCCAACCCAAACACAAACACAAACUCGUCUUCACCGCUCCCGCAUCUCGAAGUCGUGUUCCGGUAUGGCGUGGAUAGACUCCUGAUAACAGAUACACAAGCAACACCACCCCGACCAAUCUGGGCCGAUAAACCUACCUUACAAGAACAGCGGCUCAGGGAGCGUGAUCCAAAGGAAUUGAUACCGGCGUGGCAACUGUUUAAAACCAGAUGCUCUGAAUCGCUCAUCACAGAAAUGUACAUUGAAGUCAGCACAACACGCGCCCACCGAACCCCGGAAAUCGCCGAAUACGCUGCCGACUUCCCUGCGCUCGAAACCAUCAUAUUUACGCUGCAAGCGUUCCAGUGUCUGAGUGAAACGGAACGAGAGAAUCUCAGAGGCCUCGCGCGAAACGCGGCGUCGACGGUCAAAGCCAAAAUGAUGCAGAGCGCGACGAAACUCGAUGGGGGUGCUGGGUCGCGGAAAAGAAGGCACGAUGGGUUCAAGAUUGAUGUCUGGGUUUGUUUGUGGAAGCAGCAUCGGUUGUGGAAGCAGCAUCAGUUGUGUGAUUUGGAGCUCGAGGUUUGGGAGGAGAGGAUGAUGGGGAGGGGGUUGGGGAGGGGGUUUGAGAGGAUGAGGUUGUUUGUGAGUUGUAUACCUGAUUUCGGGAAAGCUAUGCUACGAUUAGAAGGGAGUACGCAUCCCCCUCCUCGGGAGACGGAAAAGGGUGCAGUUGGCGACAAGGGGAGAAGGGGGAUGAUGAGGGAUGUGAUUCCCACGGGGUUGGAAGAGUGGGAUGGUGGACGUGCCUGGAUCUGAUUUUUCGGAAUGCUCUCACGCCUUCAACCGGGGUAUUGGAUCUCAAACCCAGCAGCCCGUCCUGAUAAACUACCAAUCUACUAGCGACACCGGGAAUAUCGCUACCGUACCGAGAUUCGAUAUCGCC